CAUGGUGCUUCACGUCGCGAGUGCGGCGCCGACGCCCGUCUCGACCAAGAAGCGCAAGCUGCACGAGCAGCACUCGCCGCUCGACCGCAUCAAGCCAUCGCAGGACCCACGCCUUGCACACAUAAAGUCCAAGCGCACCAAGCAGCUGCAGUCGCUCCUCCACCAUGUGUACGACUUGGAGACCGAGGUCGCGCGCCUCAAGCGCGGCCAUCUCACAAUGCUGCCGUGGGAAGACGUUGUGAUCGCGCUCAAGGACGACACGCUGGGCCAAGUGCGCGAGAACCGGUCGCUCAAGCGCCAAGUCGACGCCUACGCCCACCUCUCGACUGUCCUCCAGAGCUGGAUCCAUAGCCUGCACCCGCCCACGCGGCCACCGAGCCAAAUUGAAGAGACGUGGCGACAUGGCCAGCUCAUGGCGGGCGACGCCGCCUGUCGCCGCAUCGGGUCGGCAUGGAUCCUUCAGCAGGUCUACCACAACACGAUGCGUGCGAUGGCCCACAUCGCGUACCCGCACACGCUCACGAGCUCCAUGGACGUGCAUGUGACCUGGGACGAGUCGCAGCACUUUUGCAUGAACGCGACGGCGCAAGACAUUUUCGAGUACCCGCUCGAGGUCGUGACCGACGCGCUCGAGCGCACGGAGCGGUCGUUCGUCAAGGCGUACCGCCGCCAAGGCGCGAUCCAGGAUCUGUUCGUGCCCUCGGACGCCUCUGACGUGCAGCUCGUGCAGGAAGAUUCGAGCUCGCACCACCACACGACGCGCUACAACGUCGUGCGCGGUCGGUUUUGCGAGUCGAACCGCACGGUUGUAGCGCUGCGCACGGUCUUGAAAGACGAGCUGUUUCCGCUGGAGCGCAACACGUGGGUGCUCAACACCAAGCAGUGGUGGGUCGCAGACCGCAUCGGACCCACGACUACUCGGUGCCGGACGUUCUAUACGAUCGACCACCCGUUCACCGAAGGUGGCGGGUACGUCUCGCUCAAUGAGCUCGCCGCCUGCUACAACAUUCUGAGCGACGACCCCAAGGUCAUUGCCGCCGGUGUGCAAGCGCGAUAUGAGCAGUCGCAUGUCAACCAGCGCGUCUUCUUCAAGCGACGGUUCGAAGAGAUCUUGGCGUCGAUCGCGCCGACUGUGGAACGUCGGUCAUCGGUCGCCUCACCGCUCUAGCCACUGUAGAAAAUGAAUAGAAUGCAUGUUUUACUGCUCAACCAA